GGCAGCAACCUGGGCCGCCUAUAAAGCCGCCGCGCCGCGGGGUUUGGAGCGCUGGCGGUGGCGGCAGGUGGCGCAGGAGGUCGCGGCGCGCCAUGGGGCUCCCGGCGCUGCUGGCCAGUGCGCUCUGCACCUUCGUGCUGCCGCUGCUGCUCUUCCUGGCUGCGAUCAAGCUCUGGGACCUGUACUGCGUGAGCGGCCGCGACCGCAGUUGUGCCCUCCCCUUGCCCCCUGGGACUAUGGGCUUCCCCUUCUUUGGGGAAACCUUGCAGAUGGUGCUGCAGCGGAGGAAGUUCCUGCAGAUGAAGCGCAGGAAAUACGGCUUCAUCUACAAGACGCAUCUGUUCGGGCGGCCCACGGUGCGGGUGAUGGGCGCGGACAAUGUACGGCGCAUCUUGCUCGGAGAGCACCGGUUGGUGUCGGUCCACUGGCCCGCGUCAGUGCGCACCAUUCUGGGAUCUGGCUGCCUCUCCAACCUGCACGAUUCCUCGCACAAGCAGCGCAAGAAGGUGAUUAUGCGGGCCUUCAGCCGCGAGGCACUCGAGUGCUACGUGCCGGUGAUCAUCGAGGAAGUGGGCAGCAGCCUGGAGCAGUGGCUGAGCUGUGGCGAGCGCGGCCUCCUGGUCUACCCCGAGGUGAAGCGCCUCAUGUUCCGCAUUGCCAUGCGCAUCCUACUGGGCUGCGAACCCCAGCUGGCGGGCGACAGGGACGCCGAGCAGCAGCUGGUGGAGGCCUUCGAGGAAAUGACCCGAAAUCUCUUCUCGCUGCCCAUCGACGUGCCCUUCAGCGGGCUGUACCGGGGCGUGAAGGCGCGGAACCUCAUUCACGCGCGCAUCGAGCAGAACAUUCGCGCCAAGAUCUGCGGACUGCGGGCAUCCGAGGCUAGCCCGGGCUGCAAAGACGCGCUGCAGCUGUUGAUCGAGCACUCUUGGGAGAGGGGAGAGCGGCUGGACAUGCAGGCACUAAAGCAAUCUUCAACAGAACUCCUCUUCGGAGGACACGAAACCACAGCCAGUGCAGCCACAUCUCUGAUUACUUACCUGGGGCUCUAUCCACAUGUUCUCCAGAAAGUUCGAGAAGAGCUGAAAAGUAAGGGUUUACUUUGCAAGAGCAAUCAAGACAACAAGUUGGACAUGGAAAUUUUGGAACAACUUAAAUACAUCGGGUGUGUUAUUAAGGAGACCCUACGACUGAAUCCUCCAGUUCCAGGAGGGUUUCGGGUUGCUCUGAAGACUUUUGAGUUAAAUGGAUACCAGAUUCCCAAGGGCUGGAAUGUUAUCUACAGUAUCUGUGAUACUCAUGAUGUGGCAGAGAUCUUUACCAACAAGGAAGAAUUUAAUCCUGACCGAUUCAUGCUGCCUCACCCAGAGGAUGCAUCCAGGUUCAGCUUUAUUCCCUUUGGAGGAGGGCUUAGGAGCUGUGUAGGCAAAGAAUUCGCAAAAAUUCUUCUCAAAAUAUUUACAGUGGAGCUGGCCAGGCAUUGUGACUGGCAGCUUCUAAAUGGACCUCCUACAAUGAAAACCAGUCCCACCGUGUAUCCUGUGGACAAUCUCCCUGCAAGAUUCAUCCAUUUCCAUGGGGAAAUCUAAUGAGCUUGAAUGCUCAAACCUCAGACUUACCGGAAGUGUACAUAUGAAUUUUUAUGGAGUGUCGUGUUGACUUUAUAUUUAAUUUCUAAAUGUAUAUUAUAAUAUUUAUGUGUUUUGACUAUACUACCCCAAUCUUUAAAUAUUAAAAUAAUGAAUUUGUAUCAUUUCCAAAUAAAGUAAAAUUUGA